ACUCAAUCCAUAGCCUUCAUUAAUGUCAUUCAGACUGUUUUCAAGUUGAUACAAUCGGCUAUGAGAGCUGAGAGCUGAGGUGUCGCUACAUUAACUAACAUAUUCCUGUCAACUGUAAAUGUUUUGCAUGAUUUGUUAUGCCGUUAUAAUCACCUACAUUUGCUUCGAUCCUAGUAUUUUUGUCACCCUCAACUUUGUGAGCAGUGCCGCACGGACUUUGUACUUUCCUGCACGAGUAAACUUGUCUACUCGCACCAGAAUUAUGUAACUACACAGAGCGGUUUUCUAUGUCAGCAUGUCUCUGACUUGUCAUUGUUGAAUAACUCCGUGUGUUUGUCCACCAUGGUUGGGACUUUCCCGCUUCUGUCAGUGCAGCCAACAUGGGGGCUCGUGGAUGAGAAGAUCCAGGUAGUUGUGAGGAAUUUACCUCCAGCGCUCUCAGUGACGCUACAUUCCCUUCAUCGCUCUGAGGAUAAGGACCUUUGGGAGGCGUUCGGCCAUUACACCAGCGACGGCCAAGGCACGGUGACAGUUGCUAAGGAUGCCAGUCUUGGAGGAACAUAUGAAGGAGCAGAGCCCAUGGGUCUCCUGUGGAGCAUGCAGCCUGUUCCAGGCAGUCGGACAGGCCUCAGGUUGAGAAAGAUGGAUGUCCUCACUCCUAUGGUGGUACACAUCUCUGUGUACAGUGGGCACAUGACUGAGGGCUUCAGCAAGCAGUCUCCCCUAGCGACCGUUGUCACAGAACGAUGGUACAUGGCACCGGGUGUGUGCAGAAUUGACAUCAGGGAACAUGGAGUCCGAGGGACCCUCUUUUUACCCCCAGGUCCUGGACCCUUCCCUGGGGUGUUGGAUAUGUGGGGAGGGGGUGGGGGGCUGGUGGAGUACCGCUCCUGCCUCCUGGCGUCACAGGGUUUUGUUUCCAUGGCGCUAGAGUACCUUUCCCAUGACAAGAACAGAACCUCAGACAUCGACGUUAAAACCUACUUUGAGAAAGCGUUCAGGAUUGUGCAGGAGCACCCUCUGGUGAUGAAGGACAGAGUUGCUCUGUUUGGUCUCUCCUUAGGCACGUCAGUUGCCCUCAACUUGGCAGCCUACUCCAAAGUCAUCAGCCCCAGAUGCUGUGUGUGUAUCAGUGGGAGUCACGUCAACCCGGUCAACAAGGCUAUCGGUGAAGUGUUUAGAAAGAUGAAGGAGGAUGGGUAUAAGACCCAAUUUGAUGAAGAGGGCCGUGUGGUCUGGAGAGACAUCAUUCUGCCCAUCCCAACCGACCUUGGAGAGAAAGUGGAUAUGGGGAGGAUAAAGUGUCCAUUGAUGUUGGUCGUCGGGGAGGAUGAUCAGAACUGGGCCACAGUGGAGUCUGCCAAGGACAUAGCCCAGAUGAUGCGUGCAGCGGGUAACGAGCACCUACUGACCAUUCUACAAUACCCUGAUGCUGGACACCUCAUUGAGCCGCCCUACACACCCCACUUCAGAGCCAGCAACUUCAUAGUGCAGCAAACACGACAGAAAGUGAUCAUGUUGUGGGGAGGGUACCCCAAGCCGCAUGCCGAUGCUCAGGAAGACUGUUGGGAAAAGAGCCUUAGCUUCCUACGGCAACACCUGUACCCCAGCCCUGACUCUGUCCCUAAGGCCAAGCUGUGAUGUCACACCCGAGGAGCAUCAAGGACCUAGUAUGAUUCACUAAGCUAUAACUGUUAAAAUACAUUAACACUUAAAAUAUAAAAAAUACUAAGCUAACAUGGAAUUGUUUUGGUCAUACCAUAGAUAAUUUAACUAUUUCAUUUAGAAUUGUACGACUUCUUUAAGCCAGGUGUAUGUUACACGAUUUUGGCCCCCAUUUAGCUGUCCCAGACAAGUUUUUGAAAUUGUCGUUGCCUACUCGAGGCGUUUGGCCGUCACAACGCUCAUUUAAUGUGAGCAGGUCAGAUACGCAAUCUGAGGGCAAUCAAUGUUUGAUUUUAUCGGCACAAUCUGCAGUGCCAGUGAGAUGAUGAUAUUUCUCAUAACCCAGAAUGUGAGCUACUACUACUACUACUGCUACUACUACUACUACUACAACAACUACUCCUAGUAUGAGUUUUUACUUGCCUUUAACCAAAGUGUCAAAUCGGUGCAACUCUGAAGUUCACAACAAUGUUAUUCAAUUCAGAAUGUUUGCUAGAUAUUUCAAGUCAGUAUGGCAAGCGUGAGUGUCUGACUGAAAACGUUUGAGGCUGCUUUGAGCCACAGCUCGUUGUAGCUAUGUUAACAAUCUAAUCACAUAAUUAUUUUCGCGAGACAGCGUGGUAUUGAGAAUCCUAACGACCAAGUGAAGAAUCUUGUAGUGUGUGACCCCUGUCUUUGCCAUGUCGUUUAGUGUGCGCACCACUACAUUGUCAAGACAAAAAAACGUCAGGAAAGAUGGUUGUUUAAUGUGAGAGGCUCAGCGAUGUUAGGAUUUGGAAAGUUGUGUAGUGUACAUCUGGUUUUUGGUACUAUUUAAUAAAUGUAUUACUUAAAAUAUUGAAUUUGGCCUUUACUACUAUAGCCCAUAGAAACGCAUUGAAUAACACAUUCAUAAAUGGCAAAAAAGACAGUCCAAAAAUGUAUCAUAAGGAAUAAGAUUUUUUUUGUGAGAAGACCAAUUUUCGAGAUGUCUCGGUCUGACAAACGCCUCAGAUGUGGAAUGUCGACAUAGGCGGGUGCGGUGGAUUGAGACACAGCCCAUGAAAAAAAAUAUAUUUCUCUUAAACUGACAGGAUUUUGGUGGGGAUUAUUAUUAUGUUACUUAGAUUGACACACGGGUGCAUCAAUAUACUCUUAAGGAUUAAUAUGUGUGAAAAGACAGAGUCAUCAGACCAGUGGACACAGCUGUACAACAUAAAUUGAGGGCUGAUGAGGAGUGUCCACAGUAAUGGGUCGGAGUCUCUCAUUCACUGAACUGCAUGAGUUUCAACCUGCCAAUAGUGUUAACACCUGUGCCUGAAACCUAACUGCCAUAGUACACAGAUGAUUGAUUCUAUUUUUUGAUUCAUUAGGAAAUGUGUUGUCUAUGAUGUUUAUAAUAAAUCAGAGGAGUAUGAA